AUGGCGUGGUACUGUUCAGGAUCCACCAACACCGAGUUAAUCGAAAACCUGUUCAAGGCGGGAUUGGUGAAGGAUGGACGAGUGAAAGAGGCCAUGCUUGGGGUUGAUCGUGCCCACUAUGCGCCAUCAAGGCCAUACUCUGACUCCCCUCAGCCCAUUGGAUAUGAUGCCACUAUAUCAGCACCGCAUAUGCAUGGCCAUGCCUGCGAGUAUCUGAUUGACUACCUGAAGCCCGGUGCUCGGGUCCUGGACAUUGGUUCCGGCUCUGGAUAUUUGACUCAUGUGCUAGCAAACCUGGUGAAUGACUCCGGUAAUGCAGUGCACGGAAAAGUGGUGGGCAUAGACCAUGUCCCCGAGCUGACAGACCUGGCCCGGGAGAACAUGAACAAGUCAGAGGAAGGCGCCGAGCUCCAGGCCUCGUCGAAAGUUCAAUUCAUCACGGGUGAUGGUCGCCUGGGGUGGAAAGAAGGUGCCCCGUAUGAUGCUAUUCACGUCGGCGCGGCGGCCGAGUCCAUUCACCCAACCUUGAUCGACCAGCUGCGUGCCCCCGGAAGACUCUUCAUCCCAGUGGAAACAGCAAACGACCGUAGUCUCAGCGAGGGUCAGUACAUCUGGGUAGUGGAUAAGAAGGAGGACGGAUCCAUCCAGAAGGAAAGGGUCUUCCAGGUUAGCUAUGUGCCUCUGACAGAUGCCCCAAAAUGA